AUGGAUGCUCUUUCAAAUGGAGAUGUAAAUCCACAACAGAUAGAAACUGAUCCAAUUGCUUUUGCUGCUGUUGAGAACUACAUGAUCCAUGGUCCAUGCGGUGAUGCAAAUAGAAAUUCCCCCUGUAUGCAUAAAGGAAAGUGUCAAAAACAUUUUCCAAAAAAUUUUUUGACAACCACAACAGUAGAUGAUGAAGGAUAUCUGUUAUACAGGAGACGGGAUACUGGCGCAUUUAUUGAGAAAACAGGUGUCAAACUUAAUAAUCAAUAUGUUGUUCCUUACAAUAGGAAUUUAUUAAUUAAGUUUGACGCCCAUAUUAAUACUGAGAUCCUUAAUCAACAUAGAUCAAUCAAGUAUCUUUUCAAAUACAUCAACAAAGAAUCUGACAUACUUACAAUUUCCGUACAGCGUAAUACCAACGGUGAAGCAAAUUCUGAAUCCACAAAUUCUGGAAUGAUAGACGAGAUUACAGCUUAUCUUGAUUGCAGAUAUAUAUCUGCUAUUGAAGCUUGCUGGAGGAUAUUUAAAUUCGACAUGUAUUACAGAGAACCUGCAGUUGAAAGAUUACCAUUUCACUUGGAGAAUGAACAAACUGUGAUUUUUGAUCCAGAUAAUUAUAUUAGAACUGUUAAUGGAGUGAUACACCUAACUUUCAAAGAAGCAUGUUAUGCAUUAGGUUUGCUAGAUGAUGAUAAAGAAUGGCAUGAUUACUUAGAUGAAGCAUCAGUAUGGGUUUCCAGAAAUCAGUUACGACAACUAUUCGUAAUGAUCAUAUUAUUCAAUGAAGUUGUUAGUCCUAGAGAUCUAUGGAGAAGAAAUGCGAUUAAGCUAUCUGAAGAUAUCGCAUAUAUACUGAAACGGAAAAUGGGAAUGCAAGCAGUAAAAUUGAUUGAUGAACAGCUACAAAAUCAUGCACUGAUUGAAAUUGAAGAUUUGAUUAGAAAAGGAGGGAAAAAAAUCACUGAUUUCCAUGGAAUUCCAAUUCCGAAUUGUUCUCAGUUUGAAAGUACACAGGAUAGAUUAAUUGCUGAAGAGAUGAGUUAUGAUAUUGAAAGCAAUAUAAAGUUGCAUGAUAAGUUGUAUAGUGGUCUCAAUCAAGGGCAACAGAAAAUAUAUGAUUCAAUCAUUCGUUCAGUUGAAGAUAAAAAGGGGACAACUUUCUUCGUGUAUGGUCAUGGUGGAAUAGGCAUGCUUAUGUUCUUCUUAUCUUUGGGAGAAUAUCAUGGUAUUGAAACUUAUAGAAAUAUGAGAUUGAAGAGCAGUAAUAACGGCACUAUAGAUUUGGAUGAUUUAAUUUCUUUUGACAUAUGGUUUCUUGAAAUUAGAGAGGAAACAAAUGAAUCAGCAGAUGAAGUCCUUAUCGAAAUUCCUGAUGAUUUAUAUCUGCAUGAAGAUUGUAAUCCACAAGAGACAAUUGUCAAUAUUGUUUUCCCAAGGCUGUGUGAACAAGUAACAAAUGAUGAGUACAUGAGGGAGACAACAAUUCUAACAGUAAAGAAUGAGACAGUUCAUGAAUUACAUGAGUAA